AGACACUGCAGAUUCCUAUGCCUGCGGAUACCGAAACAGCUAAAAUAAGCGCCCAAGAAAAGGAGGCUGAAAAGAACGCUGCUGACUUCGUACAGGCUUCUAAAGCUCGCAUUGUUGAAUAUGAGGAGGAGCUUCAGCAACUGAGAAACAUGAUACCUUUUGAAAAUAUGACGUACGAAGAUCUACCUGAAAGAUUUAAGGAUCCUACACUGGACCCAGUAAAAUAUCCUCAUUGGCCACACAAGCCUGUCUCUGACUUAUAAACACUGGCUAUUCAAAAGCAUUGUGCAACAUCAAUUUUUCUUCUUGAAUCUUUUAAAUAAAGUAAUUGCACAUGAGCCUUUGAAA